GGGACUGGAAAAUAAGCCUUGUCCGGCGUUUGGUGAGACUCGGGACUCGUAUAAAUGAGCAUACACAGUCCCCGCGUCCCUUUCUCACCGUCUUACGGAGCGGCCCCAAAAUUGGGCGGACUCCAUAAGCAAGCGUUGGAGAACGAUUGCAGACGCUCCCCACUUCCCCAGUACUCCAGCUGCGAAGUAUUGCUCGACUCUUUCACUCACUGCUUCGUUGAUAAAAACAAGAGCUUCCCAGCAACAAAUUUAGAUUGAGGAGAGGAAGAGGAGUAUAUAGCUACCAGCCUACCAAGACCCUUUCAAACUCUGAAAGAAAAACAUUAGGUACUUGACUGGUGAGGCUGCUGCACUUUUGCUUUACUCUUUAUUGCAAGGAAGUGUUGACUUUCUGGCGUAUGUCUUGGUGCAAACUGAUUUGUAUACACUGGUUCGGUGAAGGUUGCUAGGAGUCGAUUCCGUAUUGAAGGGUAAGAAAGCAACUGCACAUGCUUCCGUUGCAUAGGCUAUUGUGAGCAAAACUACCAUCAGAGAGAAAGAAGGGUUGCAGAAAGCAUUAUUUAUGAGUACCCUGUUCUAACAUCAAAAUCCGGGGAUCAAAUACAACUUUUUUAUCAAAAGUUGAACAUGAAGAGUAUAUAAUCUACCAAACUCGCGUUAGCGGAUUGGAAAAUAGUUUGUCUUUCUUGGUUGAGUUUGAUGACCAUUAUAUUUUGGAAUGUGUUUUUCCCAUUCAAUUCUUGAAGCAAUUGUAUAAUUUUUGGAGAACCACGCGCGUGCAUGAAAGCUAGUAUGUUUGAUUCCUUGAAACAAACGAGGCCUCAUAGUCUUCAAUCAAAAUGAAAUUCCCCAAAACAUGACAGCACUUUGCUGUUGUGGAAUCUAAUAGAGCAUUCGAAGCUGAAAUUUGAAACCCCUGAUUCUCAGAUUCCGGGUUCUUCGUGCUCUCUCUCCGUUCCUUCCGAACCUCCUGAUCUAGGAAAUUGGUUCGCUAGCUACCGGUAUGCAUCACCUGCAAUGAAUUCCAAUUCUUUUCACAAUGAGUUUGGUACCGGCGAGAGUGAAAGAGGAAAAGAUGAAGGGAAUUCAUGUGGGUUUAGGGAAAUUGGAAAUGAAGUUGGAGUCUUUGUUCAUGAGAAGGCAGAUGGGGUUGUCAAAUGUGGCAGGUCUUCACAAGACCAAUGUUUAAGUAAGAUUUCAGGUUCUUCGGAAUCACCUUUGUCCCUUUCAGAGCCUACGGACAUCAAAAACUGGUUUUCAAGCUAUGUGUACGAGUCUCCUUCAUUGGAUACUACUGAUGGUUUUGGAGAUUCUCUUGCCAAGCAAAGUAAAUGCGAGAAGGAUGGGUUUUUGGUUGAAAACAGUAAGAGAGAAAAUGAAGAGGAAUUGAGGAAUUCUAGUAUAAAGAGGAGUAUCAGUAGAGAGGUUGUGGGUGAGAAGGAACAGUCAGGAGGGCUUUCGAAUUGUGACAGCUCUUGGAGAGUUACUAAGCAGGCAAGGCAAUCUGUACCUGAGGCUCCAGGUCCUCUGGAAUCACCUUUGCUUCUUUCAGAACCUGUUCACAUCAAAAACUGGUUUUCAAGCUAUGUGUAUGAGUCUCCUUCCUUGGAUACAUAUGAUAAUGAUUCUGUUGGCAAAGAAAGUAAAUGUGAGAAGGAUGGCUUUAUGGUUGAAAAUAGAAAGAGUAAUAUUGAAGAGAAUUUGGGGGAUUUUAGAAAGAGUAGUGUUGGUAAAGAGGUUGUGGAUGAGAAGAAACAAUUGGUAGGGCUUGCAAAAUUUGACAGCUCUUGGAGAGACACCAAGCAUGAUAGGCAGCCUGUACAUGAGGUUCCAGGUCAUUUGGACUCCUCUUCACACUUGUCAGAGCCUACUGACAUCCAGACUUGGUUCUCAAGCUAUGUGUAUGAGUCUCCAUCUUUGGAUACAGCUGAUGGUUUUGGAGAUGUUGUUUGUAGAGAUAGAAUAGAUGAGAAGGAUGAGGUUUCGGUUGAAACCAGCAACAAAGAAAAGGGAGAGCGUUUGGAGAGGUUUGGUAAAAAAGAAAGUGAUAAUGAAGAGUUUGAUGUUGAGAAGGUGCAGUCAGAAGAGUUAGCAAAACAUAACACCACUUCGAGACAUAGCAAGAAGCCUGUUGACCAAACCACUGGACUGGAUGAAAAUCUAUCUGGUCAGAGUGAUUUUUGUCUCAAAUAUAAGCCUAAUAUGUUGCAAAAUUAUCGUAGUAGUCAACCAAAACAUGCUGAGACAUCAAGCUUCAACAAAGGAGAUUCUCAAUGCAAGGUAGAUCAACAGACCUUCCAUGGAACCAGAUCUAAGCCAUUGAACAGGAGAAGUUCAUGCAGUAAUGAUGGGACAUUGGUUCAUAGUAGGGGCCCCACUUCACAGGAGAGCUCAGAAGCAAAGGUCCAUGUUGAAGAAUUCUUACUAGAAACCAAUUCCGAGUUAAUUUCAGUCAAUGAAGCAUCAGUAAGCAAAACAACUCAUGGAAGCAAAGAAAGAAAAGAUGAUGGGACAGGAAUAUCAGAAGAUGGUUUCAUUACAACAAGGAAACGCAAAUUUACAGCAAGAAAUGAUGAAAACUCUCCAGAAGGACCACCAAGGAGUAGUAGAGGAUCAGUUCCAUCAGUACGUGGGAAAGAUGUUGUUAUUCAAAGAAAGACCUUGGCAGACACAACAAACUUUCAUCAUUCUCCAGCAACAAUGAUCACCGGAAAAUGGAAGUGUCCUCAGCAGCGUAAGCCAAAUUUGGGACCUCCUUUGAAGCAGCUUGGACUUGAGCACUGGAUUCGAAAGUCGUGAAAGAUUGAAAGUCUAAAAUAUGGAGAUGUUGGAUGUUGGAUGUUGAGAGAGGCCAACAGAACCUAAAGACUCGAGCUUUGGGGAGUUUGAAGGAUCCUUGAUGUAAAAGAAUAAGGAAUAACCAAAGCAUUUCAUCAUUCAUUCAUUCUUCACAUUUUGGUGUUUAUAAUAUCAAAUCUCAAACUCUCGAAGACUCAAAAACAUUUACAGAAUAGCAAAUGCCAACUGGUAUAGGUUGUGUG